AAGCUUCUUAAUAAGCUAUUAUUACCACCCUUUUCUCUUUCAUUUUUAGGUGAAGGUGGAUGCUUGCUACUACUACCAUAGCAGCAUAUCAUAUCAAACACCGCACCGAUCCAUGGCUGCCACAACCUCUUCAAGCUGCAGCGGAUUCUUCAGUCUCCGAUCAUCAAACACUGCUGAUCAUGAAUCAAGGGUUGUCAGAGACAUCUCAUCAUCAUCAUCAUCUUCUUCUUCUGGUUGCGGAGGAGGAGGAAAGCUUGAUGGCGUAGCCAUGUGGUUCAUCAACGGUGUCACUAUGGCUUUCUUUGCAUCCUUAAACCGCUGCUCUUGCAUUCGCAUAGCCACCGAUGAAGAAGAUGAUGGAGAAGAUGCAAACGACUUGCCCUUGAUGUUCAACGAUGGAAACAUUCGCCAUGAUGGUGUCUCCGCCGUCGGCACCGCCAGCAGGAGAAGAACCGGCAAAGGGAAAAAGAAUAAGAAUAGUAAUAAUAAUGGAGUGGUUGAACAAGACUAUUGAUAUGAGGCCUUGAACAAAAUCAAUGUCUCCCUUAAUUUUCUUAAUUAAUUGGUAAGUGGUCAUGUUGUAUAUGGGGUUCACCAAAUUAUAUUAUGAUGAUGCGUUCAAAGCUUAUGUUUUUUUUUUUUUUUUUUGAGAUCUUGAAAGGAAUUUUAUAAGUAGUCUUCCAAUAUAUAUAAGGGAGAAAAAAAAAACCAUGAAUAUGGUUAUUAAUGUGUAAUGAGAUAAAUUAUA